UGUAAACUUGAGGAUAGUUCUUCUGCCAUUGUCACUACUGUUUAUCAUUUAGACAGAGAAACGCUUGUUUCUUAGUCAUACAAGUGAGUCGACUUUGUCUUCAAUCACUUGUUAAAACCCUCACUAUAGCUGCAAGUAUUUAAGAUGGGUCUGCUGUCUUCAGGACUCGUGGUUUUGUAGAAACAAGGAUGAAUUCGUUGUGGUGGAGAUUGAUGAUUGCCAUGAUCUGAUGCCACAAUGACUGGUUUUCUGACCUGCAUGUUUACAUUGCUGCUGAUAUGUCUGAUACCAUGUAAAGCAACGCUUUCUCCUCCAGAGGUCCUGACUGUAGGAUUAUUGGAUUUUAAGGCUACAGCUGAAUGGCUUCCAGGACAAGGAAAUCCUCCUGGAACCAGAUAUACAUUGGAGUUCAUACAUGCACAAAACAUGUCUGGAGGAAAGUGGAUUGGGUCUCCAAAAUGCACUGACAUAGGCUUACUGAAAUGUGAACUAAACUUUGACAAGCCACCUUUUGACCUCCAUUGGAAUUAUUUUUUGAGAGUCAAGGCAACAUUUAAAGGGACAAGCUCAAACUGGACAACUACAACAAGCUCCUUCCAGCCAUAUGGAGACACUCGUCUGAGUCCUCCAGAUGUAAAGAUCUCAACAGACCAAAAGUCCAUUCAAAUCAAUUUUAAUCACUGGCUGGAAUCAAAUACAAGGACGAAACCACUGGACUACCUGCUUUCUCUUUUCGAGAACAGUCCUGCAGGGGAAACAAAGUUUGUAGCUGUGAUAUCAACCUCAAAAUCCCCGUAUGUUUUCCAUGAUGUGCCAUCCGGGAAGAACUAUUGCAUCAGUGUUUCCGCCAGUCAUCAUCAGGCCUCAAAGAACAACAACUUCAACACCACCAAAUGUAUCUUUCUGUUAGAUUCUACUAGAGGCGUUGUGCUAAUAGUUGGCAUUGUGGCUGUGCUGGUGAUUAUGUUUUUAGCUGGGAUUUUUUUGUUUUUUGUUUGUUUUAACCACAUCAAGCCCAACAUCAAGAAACUACGCGUUCCAUCAGCCUUGCUCAAUGUUUCGAAACCUUGUAGGGUCCUACCGCUAAUCCCUGAGGCAUUCCAAACGAUUUACCAAACACUGACCUGGCCAAAAACAAAUAUGAACCCAGAGGAGCGAGAGUUGGCAUCAGACGACGACUCUAAUAAUGAAUACCUUGAGAGGGGAAAUUUUGCAGAUAACUCCUAUUCCGUCACCAAUAUUAACCUGCCAGAGGAAGCAAAGACAUCAAAUAAGUACACACUUGCUACUAAUAUGGAACAGAGCGAUGGAAGUGGAUUAUCGAAAAUGGAUAAUGACAGUAUGCAUUCAGGUACCUCAGAAUCUUGUCGUUCAAGAUCAUCUAAAAAGAUACAAAUGAGUAUUAUUGAUACGCAAGAGGAAUACAGGCUGGAAACCGUUUUUUUGGAGGAAACUCUAUCAUGUGCUUCUAUCAUUAACGAUGAAAGAGAACUGCCAGAUGAGCAGAAAGUGAACGAGGAGGAUAUGGACCAUGAGGACUACGAUUCUGCAUCAGAAGAUGACUUUAAAGAUGAAUACAUUCAGAGGGAAAAUUUUACAAUUGACCCAUAUUUUAUCGCCAGUCUUAACCCUUUAGAUGAGGCUAAGAUAUCAAAUCCCUACACAAUUGCUGCUGAUUUGGAGCAGAGCGAUGGAAGUGGAUUAUCUGAAAUAAAUAUGCAUUCAGAAUCUUGUACUUCAAAACAUUCAAGUUCAUCAGAAAAGCUACGAACAAGUAUUAUGGAUACGCUUGAGAAAUAUGAGAUGGAAAUCUGUUUUCCAGAGGAAACUCCAUCUUGUUCUUCUAGGGAUAAUUAUGAAAGAGACCUGCCUGAUGAGGAGAAAGAGAAUGAGGAGGAAAUGAAUGUAUUGUUGCCUGAAAAUGUCUUAGAAGGUGGCUAUGAACCAAGACAUAAUAACAAAUAUGAAGUAUAAGGUAAGGAUUUAAAUAAAGGACAAACUUCCAAAUCACUAAGGCCUUUAAAGAGAAUCUACAUAUCCCAAGCCUUCUUUGAAAGGGGGAAUCUGAAACCAAAUCCAAGCAAAAAAGUAUCCAAUUUUCUUCGGAGCAACCAAAGUACACAUAAAAAGGAGAAUAAGACUUGAGCAGACACUGACGUAGAAACAAAACACAGGGUUAUUUAUACCUAGAGAGAACUGUUCAUUAACAUCACCAUCGGUCUCAGGGGUAGCCAUGAUAAAAAUGUGAACUUCAAGAACUCUCAGAACUUUUGGGCCAUCCAGGAAUCAAACAAAAACAGAAGGAACUCUGAACCUAAGCAUUGCUUGUUAAUGGCCACUUUGUCACUGAGUGCCCAGCUUUGAGUUGAGGUACUAUACUCUUCAAAAUAAAAGGUCUUCAUUGGAAUAUAUGGGUUUACGGAGAAGCUGAAACAAUGUUCUUUUGUGUUUCUUUGUCAAACCAAAGUAGUUAUUUCAUGGCUGUUAAAACUGUGUUUUGUAGCCUUUGUGUUUUUCAUAGCAUGUGCAUUAUACAUAUGCCUACUUACUGUAGCAUUGUGACUGCACUUUCUUUACAAUGUCACUGUGAUGCCGCAGCUUGUCAACUGACUGACCAUCUGGUCAAUAAAUGGCCGUUCAGACUUUGA